CAGGACGUCAUAUUUUUACGACGGGCCGAACAAGAAAGAAAUGGGGAGGAAAUACCUUAUUGACUUCCAAUUCCGACCAAUUCUGCGGCUUCGUCAGAGCUUACUGCUGUGCGGGCCUUGUUUCUUCUCUUCCGUCUCAAUUUCCACCUCACUUGGCACGGUUUUUAUUUUACCUCUUUUCUUCCAUCCCAUCUUUUCUCGACUAAAAUCUUUCCUCAUGCCUGGUUAUCAAUCUUUUCCGGUGCUUAAUCAGCAGUUUAUAGUCGAUAGAAAAUAUCAGUUCAUCCGCGAGAUGGGCCAAGGAGCCUACGGCGUUGUAUGUGCUGCCAGAGAUUCCGAAUCAGGAGAACAGGUGGCUAUCAAAAAGGUUUGCCGGAUAUUUGAAAAAACCAUUCUGGCCAAGCGAGCAUUACGUGAAGUCAAGCUCUUGAAACAUUUCAAUGGACAUGAAAAUAUCACUUCCAUUAUCGAUAUGGACAUUGUCAAUCUACAAGAUUUCAACGAGAUUUAUCUUGUACAAGAGCUGAUGGAAGCCGAUCUCCAUCAGAUUAUUCGAUCGGGCCAACCUUUGACAGAUGCCCACUUUCAAUACUUUGUAUACCAAAUUUGUCGCGGUCUUAAAUAUAUCCACAGUGCCAACGUAUUGCAUCGAGACUUGAAGCCUGGCAACCUUCUUGUGAAUGCUGAUUGUGAAUUAAAGAUUUGUGAUUUUGGUUUGGCAAGAGGAUAUUCUGCCAGUCCCGAAGGCAAUGCUGGAUUCAUGACGGAAUAUGUUGCGACACGAUGGUACAGAGCACCCGAGAUUAUGUUGAGUUUCCAAAAUUAUACCAAAGCCAUCGAUAUGUGGUCAGUGGGAUGCAUUUUCGCCGAAAUGCUCGGUGGCAAGCCCCUCUUUAAAGGCCGUGAUUAUGUCGAUCAGUUGAACCAGAUCUUGGGUAUUCUUGGUACGCCCGAUGAAGAGACCUUGCAGCGCGUCGGCAGUGACAGAGCUCAGGUGUAUAUCCGCAGUCUCCCGAGAAUGCCUCGAAUUCCGUUCGAAAACCUGUAUCCUCGAGCCAACCCGCUGGCUAUUGAUCUUUUGAAUAAGCUGCUCGCCUUUGACCCGGCCAAGCGUAUCACCGUCGAGGAAGCCUUGGCCCAUCCUUACCUCAGUGCUUAUCAUGAUGAAGAUGAUGAACCCACUCAUCCUCAUCACUUUGAUUUCUCCUUUGAAGUCGUCGAAUCUAUAGAAGAUAUGCGCAAAAUGAUUGCGCAGGAAGUUAUGUCUUACAAGGCACACAAGGAAGGCGGACUGCAACCUCAGCCGACGGGAGCGAAUCUGCGAAGGAAGGAAAGUUUAUGUGCUCAAGAUCGCGAAACCUUGGAACGAAGCAAAGAUGCUGCUGCGCAAGCCAAAGCGUCGUCCAUGCCUGAAUCAGCACAUCAGUCCGUAGCCGCCGCCGCUGUUCCCGGUCACAACUAUGCAAUGGAAGUCGAUGAAUUGGAACGAGAAUUGAGUGGGGCCGUUUAGAAACGGAUGUUUUCCUUUUUACCUUUUUUCUUGGAAUCAACUCCAUGGCGAAUACCAAAAACCACACAACGUCGUAAAUAAAAAAUGCAAUACAUUUGAUAAAUAUCAUGAAACACAAAAGCCGAGAUAAGUAAUUCAUACAUGAAGAAAAAUAUUGAACAAGAAAGAAAAAAAAAAAAAAAGAGAGAGAAAGAGAGAUUAAUAAUAUGACAAGGUCCUCAUAUCUUGUCGAAUUCUAGUUUACAAAAUACAAAAAAAAAAAAAA